AUGCCUCGCCAACCUCAUGAUGCCUUGACGACAGCGGAGAAAGCCCUUCACGAUCAGACAAAUCUCCUACCAAGCCGACAGCUCAUUUUCUGUUUAUGCAUUCUAUCACUUGGCCAACUGAUAUCCUUCAUUGACCAAAAUGGAAUAUCAACCGCUUUACCUACUAUCGCUGCAGACUUGAAUGCCGGCGAUACAAUCUCCUGGGCAGGCACCGCAUCUCUCCUAGCGAACACAACAUGCCAAAUGCUAUAUGGCCGAGCAUCCGAUAUAUUCGGUCGAAAGACCGUUCUCAUCAGUGCAGUACUUCUACUUGCGAUUGGCGACCUUGUUUGCGGGUUGAGUACCAGCGCAGCGAUGUUCUACGUUUUUCGAGGCGUGGCAGGUAUUGGUAGCGGAGGAAUUACGAACCUUACGAUGAUUAUUCUGUCUGAUGUUGUGACGCUAGAACAGAGAGGAAAGUAUCAAGGGAUUGUUGGAAGCAUGAUUGGGCUGGGAAGUGUGACUGGUCCAUUCUUUUCCGCGGCUUUUGUAUCAAGGGCAACGUGGAGAGGAUUCUUUUGGAUGCUGGCGCCAUUGGGCGCGUUGAAUGCGCUUUUGGCUUUCUUUUAUCUCCCAUCUAAACCGCCAAAGACUACUUUCAAGGUUGGAGUUAAAGAUAUUGAUUAUUUGGGAGCAUUGACUUCGUCAAUCGCAUCGAUACUACUUCUUAUCCCAAUCUCAGGAGGCGGAUCAUAUUUCUCAUGGGACUCCCCUUUGGUGAUUAGUAUGCUUGUCAUUGGAACUGUGGCUCUGGUUAUUUUCCUUAUUUCUCAAUGGAAGCUUUCAAAACUUCCUAUGAUGCCAAGGGCUGUCUAUCAAUCCACGGUAUACUAUAUACCUUUAUAUCUACUCAACGCCCACGGUUUAACUGUCUUCGCUUCUGCCGCUAUAUUCGCUUCUUUGGCUGGAAUCCAGGCAGUGAUGUCUGCAGGAUCUGGGUUUUUCAUAAGCCACUUCAAGAAAUACGGCAUUGUCAUUCGCUUUGGGUUUGCCAUGUGGACACUGUCAACCUCGCCUGGCGUCCUGGUGGUUUGUCUACUUGUUAUUGGAAUUGGCGUGGGCUGUGUUUUUCAGCCAACACUAGUCGCUCUACAGAGUCACUCUGUCAAAGAAAGACGAGCUGUUAUCAUAUCAGCUCGCAAUUUCAAUCGCAGUGCCGGUGGUGCGUGUGGCCUUGCUAUUUCCGCUGCAACCUUACAGGCCCGACUUAGGUCUAGUCUCCCGCCGAAUUUAUUGUAUCUCGCUAAGUCCUCAUAUUCCCUUCCUAAUUUGAAGGGUGGAGUACCAACUGCGGUGCUGGAUGCGUAUAUGGCGGCCAGUCAUAUGGUGUUUAUCGUACAGGUACCAUUGAUUGCCACGUGUUUCUUGGGGUCAAUUCUUCUUCGGGACAGGGGUCUAAUCCCAGUGGGGACACAAGCUGUUCAAACCUCUCUAACAGAAAGAGGGGAUCAGCGUGAAGUGCUCCCCGACACUAUCGGGGAGCAAAAUAUUAAGAAGGCAUGA